AUGAAAUCUUUCUGGGCACAAAAAGAUGAUAAGAAACCUGAUUUACUCUGCGGGAGGCCAGCUGACUACCUGGUUCAAAAGGAAUAUUUCACAGUGCUCGUAUGUUUCAUUGUUGUUUGGGGAGGGCUUUUGAGGACAUAUAUAAAGAAUUCUGAAGUCCUUGUUUUGACAAUUCUUUCUCUGUCAGGAUUUAUGAUAGGACGACUGGCCUACGAUUUUAUUGAGGUGCACCAAACUGUCUACCCUCUUCUAAGAACACCAAGUUUUUCACUUUAUUCUUUUUUUUUACCUUUAAUCAUAUUUAUGGCUGCUUUGGAUGUGGACUAUUAUGUACUCAAGAAUAUGUUUUGGCAGGUCUUGUCUACUGGAUUAAUUAGCUUUUCUAUAGCAUUCAUGAUAAUUGCAUAUGUGGUUCUGAAAUUCAAUAAAAGUUCAUGGGAUUUUCAAUCUUGCCUGCUCUUUAGCAUCAUCCUCAGCAUUACAGAUCCUAUUCAUUCUGUGACUUCAAUGAAAAGUAUUGGCAUUUCUAAAAUGUAUAUUGAUAUCAUUAAAGGAGAAUCAUUGAUCAUUUGUGGCUUCACAUCCAUUUUUUUUGGAAUUUUUCGGAGCAACUCAAUGCACAUUUCUAGGUUUAUGGAGUUAUAUGUAGUCAUAGGACUCAGCUUGGACAUUUUUGGAAGCAUAAUAUGUGGAUAUUGGUGUGCAAAAAUCAUUCAGUUUAUAUUGACUGACCUUUUUAGCAAUACGGUGACUGAUAUCAUUCUCUGCUUUUCAAUGGUGUACAUGACUUUCUACAUUGUGGAAUUUUUGGGAAUGUCAGGCAUUGUUGCUUUAGUCACUGUAGGACUGAAUUUAGAUUCCUUAACCUUUAAACCGAGGAUCAAGUUCAUAAUUACUAAGUUCUUAGUGAUGUUUUCAUCUGUAUACCAACAUUUAAUAUAUACUUUCUUUGGCAUUGUGAUUGGAUGUGGAGAAACCAAGUAUUAUAAUUUUCACACCAUAGUUUUCACAUUCAUCUUAUUUGCAACAGUGACUUUGGCUAGAUUGCUUACUAUUUUCUUAGUGAGCCCUAUUUUGAUGUGUUCGAGUUAUGAAUAUAAUUGGCGAUGCGGAGUUGUUAUCGCAUGGUCUGGAAUUAGAGGAGUUGUUAGUCUGCUCUUGGCUCCUGAUAUUCAUAAUCUGGCCGAAGAAAAAGUAGAUACACCACAAAUGUUUAUAUUCUAUGUGCAAGCAGUAUCAUUACUGACCAUGGGAAUAAAUUCAUACCUGAUGAUUAGGUCGGCCAAGACGUUAGGUUUGUGUGCUAUUUCUCUCCCAAGACAAAUGGCCAUCGAAAGUGUCAGUCAGCAUAUACAGGAGAUGAUACAAAACACAAUAACUUUAUCUAAAACAGAAAAAAUGUUGACAAAUGUUAAUUGGACUUUCGUAGAAGAAAAAACAAACAUUGAAUAUAUCAUUCCCUUUUCCUGCACUUCAAGUAACAAGAAAGAGGAGUCCCCAACAGAUGAAGUUUUAAUAGAAGAAGCCAGAUUGCACGUAGCUGUAAUACAAAUGAGUAGCUUUGAAAAACAGUGUAACGAUGGAAUCCUUGAAGCAGAGGCAGCUCGGAUAUUAAUUGGUGCAACCAAAAGCUAUUGCCACAUCCGAGGAAAAUUCAUGAGUAUAUAUGAUGUUUCAACUUAUGUAAGAGCCAGAAAUUGGCUUAUGAAGUUUAAAAACCUUUUAACUUUCUUGGACUAUCACAAAGAAAAGAUACCUUUUAUUCUACCUGGAGAGAAUCUCAAGCAUCAGAUAAUAAUUUGGAAAAGGAGAUAUUUUCAACAACCUUGGAAUAUUUUGGAGUUUUUAAUUAUGGUUGUUGGAAUCGUUGAUGUCUUUUGUAUAUACUUUGUGAGAUUGAGACCAGAAAACUUGGGUCUUAUUGAGUUUACAGUAAUACUAGGAUAUUUGAGAAUAAUUAGAUUUGUUCCUAUGUUAAAGCUAAUAAUACCAGUGCUGGUAGAUAUCGCAGAUGUGCAGAUCAAAAAACGCCUCAGCUUGAUGUAUAGUAUUACAAAAGGCUACGUCAAAAGUCAAGAAGAUGCUAAACUUUUAGUAAAACAAAUUUCUGGCCGUGAAUCAAUAUAUCAGGUUACCUACUGACUUUUAUCUGCUUCAGGACUCAUAGAGCAUGAGGGUCGUGAUGUUGUCAUUGCUUUGAAGACUAAGCAGGCAAUCCGGAAUGUGAUUUCUAAAUCUCUGAAAAAUCUCAACUUCCUUUGCUCAAGAGGCAUUAUUGAUAAAUAUGAGGGCAUCGAGAUGAAUAAGGUACUUCUUACAAAAAUAAAAGCACUGAAUAACUUUCCAAUGGCAAUCCCACCCCCUACUCCUGACAAAUACCUUCAUAGCAUCAUUUGGCUGGAAAAUAAAGAUGUUCUCAUUGAAUUCUUCAAGGAAAGAGCCAAACUUGCUUAUUUUGACUAUGGAGAUGUCAUUUGUAAAGAAGGUGAAAUGCCACAAGGAAUCUACUUAAUUAUUUCAGGAAUGGCAAUUUUGCAUAGUUCACCUCCUACCUUUGGAAUAGAGAGUAGCCUAAUGCCUGCUAGAGAGUCCAAAACCAUGUUUACAGAGUACUGUACUAGUGGGGACAUAAUCGGAGAGUUGAGCUGCCUGCUUAAGCGUGAAAUUGAAUAUACCGUCAUUUGUGAAACAAUUUUACAGGCCUGCUUUAUCUCCCUGGAGGAUUUAUAUGAAGGCUUUGACGUCUUCUGGCCAUCCCUGGAAUAUAAAAUAUGGCUAAAGCUUGCUCUCAAGACUGCCUAUCAGUAUUUUGAAUCGAGUCUCAUUGAUGAGGACUUAAAGUUCCAGAAGUGUGUGUUAUCCAACCACGCAUAUGUGGAGACUUUAUCAAGCUAUAAUGAAAUGACUAUUAAUAAUAUGACUAUGAAAUUUGUCAUUAUUGUGUAUGGCAGUGUAAUUGAUACUAAGACGGAGGAACCGUAUCUUGCACCUUGCAUUAUACCUAAAACCUGUGAGCAGGUUCAGGGAACUUCUGAUUUAAGCAAGCUGCUGAUAAUCCUAGCAUCUGAGCCUUCCAAAAAUAAUAAUGCCACCAACGUCAUGCAUUUGGUUAGCAUCAGUCGACUCUAAUCUUCAAACGACCAAGAGAGAAUAUAA